AUGAGAAUCUCUCUACUUUGUGUUGCAACUCUUUGCAGCUCUGUCUUGGCCCUCUACACACCCCAACGUGGAACAUGUCCUUCUUCACCUCUACUUCGACAAGCCAAGGGACUUCAAAGCGAUGAAGCAGAGUACAUGUCCAGCCGUCGGAACAAGACCAAACCUGCCUUGAGUACCUUUCUGAAAAAGCAAAACAUUGACAAUUUCGAUGUCGAUUCCUUCCUCGAACGGGCGUCCCCCAAGUUGGCUGUGGCUGCCGCUGGAGGAGGCCUGAGAGCCACUUAUAUGGGCAUGGGUACAUUCCAGGCACUCGACAACCGAACAGAGAACUCCACUCUUGCCGGUUACCUCCAGGCCGUCGACUACAUGUCGGGAUUGUCUGGGGGUUCGUGGCUAGUAGGCUACCUAGCUAUCAACGAUUAUCCAGAUUUCCAGACUCUUUUCCACGCGUUUGACGGCAUUUUCAAUCUUCCAGGAUCCAUGGGAACUCUGGGAAUGCUAGCUAAAGUGUUCAUUGACUCCCUUCAGAAACUCAAGGCUGGUUAUCAGACGUCGGUCACUGACCAGUGGGGAAGACUUAUCUACCUGUUGUUGGGCAACGCUGGGCUGCUAAAAGCAGAUUUUAAUUGGUCGGACAUCCGAAAUCUGACCUCCUUCACAUCUCAUGAAAUGCCCUUCCCCAUCAUUCUUGGUACCACUGUUUUUCCCGGCUCUUCUUUCGACGUGGAGUACAUAACCUAUAACAACUCGAUCAUGGAAAUGACUCCAUAUGAGUUCGGAACAUGGGACAAAAACAUCCGGGAGUUCAUCGACAUGCAGUAUCUGGGCACUGAAAUGGAAAACGGCACCCCCGUGGGUGAAUGUACCACCAAUUACGACAACGCCGGCCUUCUGAUGGGCAUUUCUUCCAACGUGUUCAAUGCGGGUCUAGACGGACUUGGAAUCGACGGAAUUUUUGGAAUCUUGGUCGAAGAUCUUAUGAAACUGCUGGAAAUCAUCAACGACGCCUCUUACCGCCUCGGUGUCAUUUCUCCUAACCCGUUCUACAAGCAGGAUGACAUUCCUUCGAACCAGACCAUCUCCAGAGGUCUACUAGUGUGUGACGGAGGCUUUGAUCUCGAAACUAUCCCCAUCCUGCCCUUUUUGCAACCCGAACGAGAAGUUGAUGUUGUCAUCUCCAUGGAUCCUUCUCUAGACAGCCCCGAGGGAUGGCCCACUGGAGAAUGUAUCAGACAUACCGCAGCCAAAAGUCAAUGGGAGUUUGGAGAGGGAGUGUUCCCCCAGAUUCCCGACAAUGUCACCUUCAUCAACGACAACCUCACCACCAAGCCUGUCUUCUUUGGUUGCAACAUCACCAACCUGAAGAAGUACGAUAACACCGACAGAUACUCUCCGGUCAUCGUCUACGUACCCAUGCACAACAUUUCCUACGUGUCCAACUUCUCCACUGGAAAGCUCUUGUAUACCAAGGAGGAAAGCUUCGGAACCGUCAACAAUGCGUACAACAUGAUGACAAGGACAAACUUGACCGAAGAUGAAGAAUGGGGCAAAUGCCUAGGUUGCGUUUCCAUUCUCCGAGAGCUGCAGAGAUUGAAUGAGACCGUGCCGGAUUGUGAGAGGUGUUUCAGCAAUUACUGCUACAACUGA